GGGGCACUUAAACACGGCGGCGACCUCACACCGCUCUAUGGGAGGGUCACCGACCCUCCUAGUAUCCCAUCAGCCUCAGCACCCUCCGGCAUUCCAAGGUCUCAGGGUCGUGGUCCUCCAGUAUCCCAGCGCUCCCUGCUCGCUGUCACCUGACUCGCGAACAGUUCCGGUGUUGUGAGCGGCCGCUUGUGGUUGGAGGUGAGGCCCCAGCGCUCGGUCCCUGGCUCUCGGCUGCGGCCCGUUCUCCCUCCCGUUCACCCCCCCGCGCCUGACGCAGGAUGUUGGCGUUUUUCAACCGGUUGCUAGACUGGAUCAAGUCGCUGUUCUGGAAGGAGGAGAUGGAGCUGACGCUGGUGGGGUUGCAGUACUCGGGCAAGACCACCUUCGUCAACGUUAUCGCGUGUGGUCAAUUCAGUGAAGAUAUGAUUCCAACUGUUGGCUUCAAUAUGAGAAAGGUCACUAAAGGCAAUGUAACAAUAAAGAUCUGGGACAUCGGUGGACAGCCAAGGUUUCGAAGUAUGUGGGAACGUUAUUGCAGAGGAGUAAAUGCAGUUGUUUACAUGGUGGAUGCUGCAGACCGUGAUAAAAUAGAGGCUUCUAGAAAUGAACUUCACAAUCUGUUAGAUAAACCACAGCUGCAAGGAAUCCCUGUCCUAGUUCUUGGAAAUAAGAGAGAUCUACCAAAUGCUUUGGAUGAAAAACAGCUCAUUGAGAAAAUGAAUCUGGCUGCUAUUCAGGACAGAGAAAUCUGCUGCUAUUCAAUUUCAUGCAAAGAGAAGGAUAACAUAGAUAUUACUCUUCAAUGGCUAAUUCAGCAUUCAAAAUCUAGAAGAAGCUGAAAUUUAAUGGUGAAAACCCAUGUGAACAGCCACUGUCCUUCACUCACUAUUCAUUCUUCAUGGGAUACAAGCAGAAAUACACUAUUCUGAAUAUAUUGAAAUACUUCAAGUCCCUUGUGACGCAUACCGCUGAAAAGUAUGUUCUCAUUGUGAGACAAACUUGCUUUACAAAUGCUGUUAUAUAAAAAUCAUGAUUGAGACAAAUGUUGAAGUCAGUGAUAUAAAAAGCACAAGGAAGAGCCAAUGAAAAUAAUCAUGCUUAUUUCUCAGCCUUGUGUUUGGAGUCAGCAGUAUCACAAGUAAAUUUUUUUUUAUAUAGCUUUUAUUGAUCUCACACCAUUAAUGUCCUUACAAAUGGGGUUAUGGAGCAUGUUGCAUUGCAUCCCUUUAUGUUGUUGGUGCUGUAGAUAUUUCAGUGUCACUAGGAUUUUUUAAAUGUUUACUGUCUCUGUAUUUAAGACAUGAACUUUUGCAUACAAGUAGCAUAUGUAUGUUGUAGUUUGGGGCCAUCACAUAAGUUUACUUAAGCUUCAUCUGAAAUUUAUACAUUUGGCGUGCUGGUUGAAUACACUGCUUCAACAUUAAGAGUCUUGGCACUAUUGGGCAACGUGAAUUUCCUGCAAAUGUGCAUGCAAAACCUCUUCCAAUUAUAAGAUUGUAAAUAUUAUGUGGAAUUAGGUUACUUUUCUAUUUAGUUGACUUGUGAAUAAUUGUGCUCUCCUCUCACUUCUGUUGAAAUAAAUGGAGUUAACGAGGGCAUAUUGUCAUCAUGUUAUAUUUGUUAUGCAGGUAUUUUGGCUACAUGCAAAGAAAAUCUGUUCAAGGGGAAAUUUUAAAAACAGUGAGCAUUUCUAUUUCAAAGGUGCCUCUACUGUAUCAUGCUUAUUUAAUUUGAGUUGAGUUUCAGACUUCAGUUUGCCCUUCCUACUUAGAUUCCUUUUGGAAUAUCUGGAUUAAGAUUUCCAGUAAUGAACAUUUGUGUGUCACUAUUACACUAAUGUCAUAGCACUUGAAGAUUGAGCCUGGUGUUUCUGCUAGGAUCACAAUCAGGAAAGUGCACUGGAAAUUGCACUGGUUUUAUGGAUAUGAAGUUGGAUCAAACUAUUCAAAUUUGACAAAGCCUGAGUGCCACAUCUCCCAUGAACUGCUGGAAUUGAGCAAUGUUAUUUUUCAUGGCCAAUGGGUUAUUGAUUUCAGAAUUAAAAUGAUUUUAAACUGAAAUUGGUCUGGUUCUUCAGCUACCAUCUGUGGUUUCACAGCUCUUGUUCUUACAGAACAAUUGACUAAAUUUAAGCUGAAUUCAAGUGAUCGUGGCAUGAGUUGUGGAAAUAGGACUUGCUCUGUUAUCUGUCAGUCACUAGCUCAAGAUCAUUAAUGCUGUAUUAACGUGAACGCAUGCCUGUGCAUCAGAAAUUCUGGGCAUAUAAGAACAACACAACAUCCUGGACUGGUGGAAAUGUAAUAUGCCAACUUGCAGACUUCUGUAUGUUAUUCAGAGCUACUGUGAAAGGUUUAAAAAAAACUUGGUCUAUAUUGUUUUGGGCAUAAUGUUUUAAAUUCUGAGAAAAAAUUUGCAAUUUUUGAUUUUGCCCAUCAUCUGGGUUGAAAUUUGGGUGUGAAUCCUGUGGUUCUUGACAUUGACACCCCAGAGGGUGCUGUUGAGAUCAAUUGCCACCAGAAUUUAAAUUUAGCUGUGUGUUUGCAAUCAUGUGCAUUAUAUUGGAGGGCGUGACUGAUUCAGUUCACAAACAUUUGUAUGAACUGAAUGUCAAAUUCACUUUAACCAUUUGAUUACUUUUUUUUAAAUUUAAAAUAUAAUUUUUUCAGCUUUCAAACAGGGUUGUCAGAACAAAGUAUUUUAAUCUCUCCAAAGUGGGGUCGAGUGAUCAUCAUCAGUUGUGGUUGAAUUUCUUAAUCUCAGUCAAAUGCUUUAAAGUAUGGAGCUUGGAGGCAACACCUGAAAGUAUCUUGAGAUUCAUUUAGAAAAAAGCAAUAUACUUGGUUAUUGGACAAGAUUAAAACCUAUUCCUGAUCAUUAAAUCCCAGUUAUUGUAAGGAAAUGUUUUAAAUUGGUGUAAAGUGUUGAACUUGAGAUCCAAAUAAUCCCAUGAAGCUGCUGUAUCUGUUUAAUGAUAUGUUGAACAAUGGGGAAGUUGAUCUUUUUUGAUUAAAAUUAAACUGCAG